GGUCCUCCAAGAAGUACACAUUCAUCUGUAGGAGGGGAAAAGAAGUUAUCCGUCACCAUGAGUACGGACGCUGAGAUGCAAGCCUACGGCAAGGCUGCCAUAUACCUCCGUAAGUCUGAGAAGGAGAGGAUGGAGGCACAAGCCGCACCCUUUGAUUCAAAGAACGCCUGCUAUGUGACAGACAAGGUGGAGCUGUACCUUAAGGGUCUGGUCACUGCCAGGGCCGACGGGAAGUGUACUGUAACAGUCACGAAACCUGACGGCAGUAAGGAGGAAGGAAAAGAGUUCAAAGAUGCAGACAUCUAUGAGAUGAACCCCCCUAAGUACGACAAGAUUGAGGACAUGGCCAUGAUGACCUACCUGAAUGAAGCCUCUGUGUUGUAUAACCUCAAAGAGCGUUAUGCAGCAUGGAUGAUCUAUACCUACUCUGGGCUCUUCUGUGCCACGGUGAACCCCUACAAGUGGCUCCCUGUGUACGAUGAAGAGGUUGUCAACGCCUACAGAGGGAAGAAGAGGGUGGAGGCUCCACCCCAUAUCUUCUCUGUCUCUGACAACGCCUUUCAGUUCAUGAUGAUUGAUAAGGAGAACCAGUCCGUCCUGAUUACUGGAGAAUCCGGUGCAGGAAAGACUGUCAACACCAAGCGUGUCAUCCAGUACUUUGCCACCAUUGCAGUGUCUGGUGGCAAGAAGGAAGCAGACCCCAACAAAAUGCAGGGGUCUCUUGAGGAUCAGAUCAUUGCAGCUAACCCUCUGCUGGAGUCUUACGGUAAUGCCAAGACAGUGAGGAACGACAACUCGUCUCGCUUUGGUAAAUUCAUCAGGAUUCACUUCCAAGCUGGUAAACUGGCUAAAGCUGACAUUGAAACCUACCUGCUGGAGAAGUCCAGAGUGUCCUUCCAGCUGCCCGAUGAGAGAGGCUACCACAUCUUCUUCCAGAUGAUGACAGGCCACAAACCUGAGCUAGUUGAAUUGGCGCUCCUCACCACCAACCCCUACGACUUCCCCAUGUGCAGUCAGGGACAGAUCACUGUGGCCAGCAUUAAUGACAAUGACGAGCUGGAUGCCACAGAUGAAGCCAUUACAAUCCUGGGCUUCACUAAUGAGGAGAAGCUUGGCAUCUACAAGCUGACAGGAGCUGUAGUGCACCAUGGAAACUUGAAAUUCAAGCAGAAGCAGCGUGAGGAGCAGGCCGAGCCAGACGGCACAGAGGUGGCUGAUAAAAUCGCCUACCUGCUGGGCCUGAACUCAGCUGAGAUGUUGAAGGCUCUGUGCUACCCCAGAGUGAAGGUCGGCAACGAGUAUGUGACCAAGGGACAGACUGUGGCUCAGGUUAAUAACUCAGUCAGUGCUCUGGCCAAGUCCAUCUAUGAGAGGAUGUUCUUGUGGAUGGUCAUCCGUAUCAAUGAGAUGUUGGACACCAAGAAUCCAAGGCAGUUCUAUAUUGGUGUGCUCGACAUUGCCGGGUUUGAGAUCUUUGAUUACAACAGCAUGGAGCAGCUGUGCAUCAACUUCACCAAUGAGAAACUGCAACAGUUUUUCAACCACACCAUGUUCGUCCUGGAGCAAGAGGAGUACAAGAAGGAGGGAAUCGUCUGGGCCUUCAUUGACUUCGGCAUGGACUUGGCUGCCUGCAUUGAGCUUAUUGAGAAGCCAUUGGGCAUCUUCUCCAUCCUUGAAGAGGAGUGCAUGUUCCCCAAGUCUUCAGACACUACCUUCAAGGACAAGCUGUACGCCCAGCAUCUUGGCAAAACAAAGGCGUUUGAGAAGCCCAAGCCUGCCAAAGGCAAGGCAGAGGCCCACUUCUCCCUGGUGCACUACGCCGGUACUGUGGACUACAACAUCACUGGAUGGCUGGAGAAGAACAAGGACCCCCUGAACGACUCAGUUUGUCAGUUGUACGGGAAGUCCGCAGUCAAAAUUUUGGCUGCCCUGUAUCCACCUCCCCCUCCUGAGGAUAAAGCCAAGAAAGGAGGCAAGAAGAAGGGUGGUUCCAUGCAGACUGUGUCCUCCCAGUUCAGGGAGAACUUACAUAAGCUGAUGACCAACUUGAGGAGCACUCAUCCUCACUUUGUGCGCUGCCUGAUCCCCAAUGAGUCAAAGACUCCAGGUCUGAUGGAGAACUUCCUGGUUAUCCACCAGCUCAGGUGUAAUGGUGUACUGGAGGGUAUCAGGAUCUGCAGAAAGGGAUUCCCCAGCAGAAUCAUCUAUGCUGACUUCAAGCAGAGGUACAAAGUACUGAAUGCCAGUGUCAUCCCUGAGGGCCAGUUCAUGGACAACAAGAAGGCUUCUGAGAAGCUGCUUGGGUCCAUUGAUGUGAAUCACGAGGAUUACAAGUUUGGACACACCAAGGUGUUCUUCAAAGCCGGUCUGCUGGGUGUCCUGGAGGAGAUGAGAGAUGAGAAGCUGGCCUCCCUGGUCGGCAUGGUCCAGGCUCUCAGCCGUGGAUUCCUCAUGAGGAGAGAGUUUAGCAAGAUGAUGGAGAGGAGAGAAUCAGUUUACGCCAUCCAGUACAACAUCCGCUCAUUCAUGAAUGUCAAAACCUGGCCAUGGAUGAAGUUGUACUUCAAGAUCAAGCCCCUGCUGCAGAGCGCUGAGACUGAGAAGGAGCUGGCCAACAUGAAGGAGAACUAUGAGAAGAUGACAGCAGACCUGGCAAAAGCUCUGGCCACAAAGAAGCAAAUGGAGGAGAAGUUGGUGGCCCUGACGCAGGAGAAGAACGACCUGUCACUCCAAGUCGCAUCUGAAGGAGAGAGUCUGAACGAUGCUGAGGAAAGGUGUGAGGGGCUCAUCAAGAGCAAGAUCCAGCUGGAGGCCAAACUCAAAGAGACGACCGAGAGGCUGGAGGAUGAGGAGGAGAUCAAUGCUGAGUUGACUGCCAAGAAGAGGAAGCUGGAGGAUGAGUGCUCUGAGCUGAAGAAGGACAUUGAUGACCUGGAGCUCACCCUGGCCAAAGUGGAGAAGGAGAAGCACGCCACUGAAAACAAGGUUAAAAACCUGACAGAGGAGAUGGCGUCUAUGGAUGAGAGUGUUGCCAAGCUGACCAAGGAGAAGAAAGCCCUCCAAGAGGCCCACCAGCAGACACUGGAUGACCUGCAGGCAGAGGAGGACAAAGUCAACACUCUGACCAAGGCCAAGACCAAGCUGGAACAGCAAGUGGACGACCUUGAGGGUUCUCUGGAGCAAGAGAAGAAGCUCCGUAUGGACCUUGAGAGAUCCAAGAGAAAGCUGGAGGGAGAUCUGAAACUGGCCCAGGAGUCCAUAAUGGACCUGGAGAAUGACAAGCAGCAAGCUGAUGAGAAAAUCAAGAAGUAA